AUGCCUGCUGUGCCGGCUUCAAGUACAUUUUAUGGCGGCUCCGCCGGCAAACUCGCUCUACUUGAUGGUCCUAAACCAGAUCUCGUGCUGCUCCUGGGUGCAAGAACUGGGAUGUUUCUCGGAUUGCGCAGCGGCGCCAUCAUUCCUGGGGAAAACUGCAAACUGGUGCAAGUCGACGUGGACGGCGGCGAAAUAGGCAGGACGCUCCCUGUUGAUCUGGGUGUUGUUUCUGACGUAGGCCAAUUCCUGGCCGCGCUUAACGCCAAUUUCGACUUCUUGUCCUCCAAUAUUGAUUCAGAUUGGAUCCAAAAAACACUAUCCCUGAAGAGUUUGCCAUCUCCCUUUGAAACUGAGCCCCAGGUACAGCCUUCCGGGCGGCUCCACCCGUACCACGCCCUUAAGCAUGUGUUCUCGUCCAUCGAGCAAGAUAGCAUCGUCAUUCUGGACGGCGGCGAGGCUUCCGGGUGGGCCAGCGAUGUGGUCCAUCUCUGUGCACCUAGCGCUGUUUUGACUUCGACAGGAAACCUCGGAUUCCUAGGGAACGGAUUCGGGUACGCCCUAGGAGCCGCCAUCGCAGUGCCUCAUCGCAGAAUCGUCAUGAUACACGGUGACGGCUCAGCCGGGUUUCAUUUCAUGGAACUCGAUACUUUCAAGCGCAUGAAUCUGAAUAUAUUGACAGUGGUGGUCAACAACUACUGCUGGGGCAUGAGCUCGAACGGCCAGCAGCUGGUAUAUGGCAGCAAGAACCCAGCCCGACCUGUUAGCUCGUUGAGCCCCGUGGCGGAGUAUGACCUUGUUGCGAAGGCUUUGGGAAAUGCCAGUGCCAAGCUGGAGAAGAUUGAUGAUAUUGCGGAGACGGUGAAGAGACUACAGAAGGAGGAGGGCCCUAGCUGCGUGAAUCUGAUCGUGGAUGAUAAGCCGAUUCAUCCGAUGACGACGGCGAUGGUCGGACAGACGGAUGAUCCGGGGAUGGUAGUGGUGCCUUACUAUGAUAAUGUUCCGAGGGCGCACUAUAAGCUUUGA